AUGGAUCUGACCAGCAGCUCGGGCGGCGGCGACCCUCGGCAGAUCGAGGAGACCAAGCCGCUGCUGGGGGGCGACGUGCCGGCCCCCGAGGGCACGAAGAUGGGCGCCGUGCCCUGCCGCCGGGCCCUGCUGCUGUGCAACGGGAUGAGGUACAAGCUGCUGCAGGAGGGCGACAUCCAGGUCUGUGUCAUCCGGCACCCGCGGACCUUUCUCAGCAAGAUCCUCACCUCGAAAUUCCUGAGGCGCUGGGAGCCGCACCACCUAACGCUGGCCGACAACAGCCUGGCGUCCGCCACGCCAACUGGGUACAUGGAAAACUCAGUCUCCUACAGCGCAAUUGAAGACGUUCAGCUGCUGUCCUGGGAGAACGCCCCGAAGUACUGUUUACAGCUCACAAUUCCUGGGGGAACCGUCCUGCUGCAGGCCGCCAACAGCUACCUGCGAGACCAGUGGUUCCAUUCUCUGCAGUGGAAGAAAAAGAUUUACAAAUACAAGAAAGUCCUGAGUAACCCGAGCCGUUGGGAGGUCGUCCUGAAGGAGAUCCGGACGCUGGUGGACAUGGCUCUGACGUCCCCUCUGCAAGACGACUCCAUCAACCAGGCCCCACUGGAAAUCGUCUCGAAACUGCUCUCAGAGAACACAAACUUGACCACCCAGGAACACGAGAACAUCAUCGUGGCAAUUGCUCCUUUGCUGGAAAACAACCAUCCACCACCGGAUCUCUGUGAAUUCUUCUGCAAGCACUGCAGAGAGCGGCCCCGGUCCAUGGUGGUCAUCGAAGUGUUCACCCCCGUGGUCCAGAGAAUCCUGAAGCAUAACAUGGACUUUGGGAAGUGCCCGCGACUGAGGCUGUUUACUCAGGAGUACAUCCUUGCCUUGAACGAGCUGAACGCAGGGAUGGAGGUGGUGAAGAAGUUCAUUCAGAGCAUGCACGGCCCCACGGGGCACUGCCCCCAUCCCCGGGUCCUGCCCAACCUGGUGGCCGUGUGCCUGGCCGCCAUCUACUCCUGCUACGAAGAGUUCAUCAACAGCCGUGACAACUCCCCCAGCCUGAAGGAGAUCCGGAACGGCUGCCAGCAGCCCUGCGACCGGAAGCCCACCUUACCUCUGCGCCUUCUGCACCCCAGCCCGGACCUGGUGUCUCAGGAAGCCACGCUGUCCGAGGCGCGGCUCAAGUCAGUGGUCGUGGCCUCCAGUGAGAUCCAUGUGGAGGUGGAGCCCGCCAGCACUGCCAAGCCGGCGCUGACGGCCAGCGCGGGCGACGACAACGAGCCCAACCUCAUCGACUGCCUCAUGGUCAGCCCCGCCUGCAGCACCAUGAGCAUCGAGCUGGGCCCGCAGGCCGACCGCACGCUCGGCUGCUACGUGGAGAUCCUCAAGCUGCUGUCGGACUACGAUGACUGGAGACCAUCCCUGGCCAGCCUGCUCCAACCCAUUCCAUUCCCCAAAGAAGCUCUCGCACACGAGAAGUUCACCAAGGAACUGAAGUACGUGAUUCAGAGGUUCGCCGAAGACCCUCGACAAGAGGUCCACUCGUGCCUGCUGAGCGUGCGAGCCGGCAAGGACGGCUGGUUUCAGCUCUACAGCCCCGGAGGGGUGGCCUGCGACGAUGACGGGGAGCUGUUCGCCAGCAUGGUGCACAUCCUCAUGGGCUCCUGUUACAAGACCAAAAAAUUUCUGCUCUCCCUGGCGGAGAACAAGCUGGGACCGUGCAUGCUCCUGGCGCUGAGGGGGAACCAGACCAUGGUGGAGAUCCUGUGCCUGAUGCUGGAGUACAACAUCAUCGACAACAACGACACGCAGCUGCAGAUCAUCUCGACCCUGGAGAGCACGGGCGCGGGGAAGCGCAUGUACGAGCAGCUGUGCGACCGGCAGCGGGAGCUGAAGGAGCUGCAAAGGAAAGGCGGGCCCACCAGGCUAACACUGCCCUCCAAGUCCACAGACGCCGACUUGGCUCGUUUGCUGAGCUCUGGCUCCUUCGGAAACCUGGAGAACCUCAGUUUGGCCUUCACCAACGUAACCAGUGCCUGCGCUGAGCACCUCAUCAAACUGCCUUCUCUCAAGCAGCUAAACCUGUGGUCCACUCAGUUCGGAGACGCCGGCCUGCGGCUCCUGUCGGAACACCUCACGAUGCUCCAGGUGCUGAACCUGUGCGAGACGCCCGUCACCGACGCUGGCCUGCUGGCCCUCAGCUCCAUGAAGAGUCUCUGCAGCUUAAACAUGAACAGCACCAAGCUCUCUGCGGACACCUAUGAAGACCUGAAGGCUAAGCUGCCCAACCUGAAGGAGGUGGACGUCCGCUACACGGAAGCCUGGUGAAGCUCCCAUCGGCAGGAAGCAGUUUGCAACCGCAACUCACAACUCCUGACUAAUAGCCGUAGAGCAGCGGGUCUUGGGGUCCCACCCCCGUCCUGGCUGUGAGAUAGAUGGGGGAGU